AUGCCAGCAUUCGAUGAAGAUGACGACCGAUCUCAGGAUGGCAGUUUCGACAACGACAACGAUGAGACAAUGCAAGAUCUGGAUGAUGCGGAUGCGGAUGCGGACGGCGAUGGAGACGUGGAUCAAGAUGUGGACGGCGACGGCGACGGCGACGCAGAUUUAGAUGGGGACGCUGACGGUGACGGUGACGCUGAGGCUGAGGCCGAGGCUGAGGGCGAUGGCGACGGCGAUGAAGAUGAAGAUGCGGAAAGCCAGUCUGAGCAAUCCGACAAUGAGGACGCCUCUGGAGAACAGAAUGCAACACAAGAAGGCACUCAACCGGCUUCGUCUACGCAAGUCGACUCCUCGCGAGCAGCAGCAGCAGAAUCGAAUAUCUCCCCCGAAUAUCUCGAAGCGUCUACGUAUGAUAUCGUCCCAACCAUCGCCGCUCCUCACAGCACAUCUAUCAAUGCUGUCACCACUACUGCAGAUAUGCGAUGGGUUUUUACCGGGGGCUCGGAUGGUUAUAUUCGCAAAUUCAACUGGGUUGAUUCGGUCAACUUCAAGCUUGCUCUUACGGUGGCUCAACGGCACCCCUUCGUCGACAGUGUGGUAAAAGCGGGAGUUCUGAUGACUUAUUGGGAGAACUGGGACGCUAGACCAAACACCACGCAAACCCUAUCUCCUGUAUACUCCCUCGCUUGCCAUAGUCAAGGAUUGUGGCUACUAUCCGGUACUGCAUCGGGUCCCAUUAGACUGCAAUCAACCAGGCACGACGAAGGCAGAGAGAUCGCCUUGUUGCAGAAACACACGUCCGCAGUCUCAGUUCUUACAAUUUCCUCCGACGAGAAAAGUUUACUGUCCGGAAGUUGGGAUAAGACAGUCUUAGACUGGGAUCUCAACACGGGUCAGGUACGGACCACGUUCGCCGCCAGUACCAGCCAGAUAUCUUCCAUCGAAGCUCGCCCACUAUCGUCGGUGCCUGUUCCAGUCGAAUCAGGAGAGGUCGUGGUGACCAAUGGAACGUUCUCGUCCAACGAUGGUAAACCACUGACCAAUGGUGUCAAGAAUGAGCCUCCGGAUCGCAAUACUCAAGAUCAUCCCACAGUUGCUACUCCAGAUUCUCUGUUUGGCGAUGAUGACGACGACCUCUUUGGAGGCGGAGCAGGGGGAGUAAUGGGCAAUGGUAGUGACCUGAACGGCGCCUUCGGCGAAGAGGACGAUGAGAUGUCUCGCGCAAUGGCAAAUGGUCCGCAACCAGAAGAACUAGUCGAUCAUCCGAUGCUAGACUCUUCAGAUCCCGCUGCUCAAGAACCCACAGCUCCGGCUCAAGACGACUCAAAUGUCCCAGAAACUGCCCCCGAAGUUGCCAAUGGCGUGCAGAGCGCUGUUGAGCAGACGUUCGUCAACGGCUUGCCACAUGCAGAGGACCUCGAAAAGCAGGACGACAACCAGAACGAGUUUCAGGAUAGUGAAGCCCCGAUUACAUCUGACUCUACUUUCCUUGCGACGUCUAUUGACGGGGCAAUCCGUGUCUGGGAUCGAAGGCAGUCCAAACCAGUCGCGCGCAUUCUAUCACGUAACACUCCUCCUUGGUGUCUGAGCGCCUGUUGGUCUCCGGACGGCAACUUCAUCUACGCAGGACGGCGAAACAACACUGUCGAAGAAUAUGACCUACGCAAGGGGCUUAAAGGGCCCGAACGAGUUUUUCGAUUUCCGAAUGGCAGUGGUGCAGUCACAUCAGUCAAGGCCAUGCCGAAUGGACGCCAUCUAAUAUGCGCUUCCUAUGAUAUAUUAAGAUUGUAUGAUCUAAAGGAGUCACAGUCUCAACGAUCAACAGUCCCGUUCUUGAUCGUGCCCGGCCAUCGGACUGGAGUCGUGUCACACCUGUACCUCGAUCCAGCUUGUCGCUUCAUGCUGUCUGCUGGAGGUAACCGGGGCUGGGAAGGUGCUUCAACCGAGGUGCUCCUGGGCUAUGAAAUAACUCCUGGCCGAUAA